GUAUAUAGUGAGCUUUCACCAUUUUGCUUCCUUUCUUGCAGUGAGAUAAGCUCUGGGUUUGCAAGCUCAAAUCAAGAAGGCCACUUUUCUCAAAGCUCCAUUGAUAUACGUACAGUCAAUACAUAUAUCUAGAGGGUACAGUACGAAAUAGAUGUAUCCCUCCUCCAACAGCAAUCGCAGCUGCACAGCUUUCUCUAGUAUUAACCAACCAACGACUUCUUUCUGCAACUACAACCAUGAAAAUCAUUCAAAACCCUCUCAAGAUCAUUCCCAACCCCCAUCGUUUGCCUCGUUCCAACUCUAUUACCCUCAUUACAUCCCCUUAGAAGAUGGACCUAUGAGUCCUGAGUUUUUCCAACAACAACAGCCCUUCUCCAAUCAUAAUAGCUACCACGACACUGGCGUUGUAGCUCAUGAACACUCUACAUGUGACACUACUAAUGUGCAGUCCACCAUGGAAAAUUCUAACUACAAUAACGGGAAAUUUGUUACGGUUGAUGGCAGAAAUCAGCACGUCAACAGUCACGUGAUUCUGGAAAAUAGCUAUCUAACGGGCAAGAGAUCUUCCAAGAAAGACCGUCACAGCAAAAUAAACACGGCUCGAGGCCCCAGAGACCGAAGGAUGAGAUUGUCUCUUGACGUUGCUAAGAAGUUCUUCAGAUUGCAAGACAUGCUUGGGUUCGAUAAGGCCAGCAAUACUAUCGAGUGGCUUCUCAUGAAAUCAAAAUCCGCUAUUCAAGAUCUCAUCCCUCAACAGUUAAACCAGAGCAGCAGCCUCAUGGGUGGAUCAAACAGUGCAUCAUCUGCUUCAGAAUGUGAGGUCCUGUCUGGAUUUGAUGAUCAAUCCAUGGAGAUAGCUGGAGAGGAUCAGCUCAUGGCAAUAGAUAAGGUAAAAGCAGCUUCUUGCAGCAGUACGAAAGAGAAGAAAAGUCUUGAUAGAGGACUUAAGAAAAGUGCGCAUAUUCAUUAUCCUCUUGCUAAAGAAACAAGGGAGAAAGCACGAGCAAGGGCAAGGAAGAGGACAACUGAAAAGAUAAAUAACAAGCUGAGUGAUGCUGGUUGUGAUCAAUAUUCAAAACUUCGACCAAGUUUGGAUCAGAUAAUGGAUCAAAAUGUAAACCGAUUAGGAUCUUGUAUCAGCUUUAGAGAAAACCAAGUUCAAACUGAUCAACCGCAAUAUCCAAGCUCCCGCUUUCAGUUAAUUAAGCAAGGGGUUGUCGGUGAUAAUGCAUCAGUGAUUCCGGGAAGUUGGAGCCCAUCUUCCUUGUUCAAUUAUCAGCAUAAUCCUGUACCAUCUCAUGAGCAUGAUCAAUUAAGUGACUUUCAGAUUAAUGGUAAGCCAUGGGAAGGCAACAACAACUAGGUCAGUGUUACUUCAUCAUAUUAUUACCACUUCUCUCCUGUAUGUCAAUUGUAUUACACUGCUCGAGGUUACUUGAUGUAAUAAGCUUAUGUGUAGAUUAAAAUCAAUUCACAGAUAUGAAUUUGUUGUUGUGGUUAGCAGCU